CCAGCCAUGUUAGAAUGUCUACGAUCACUUUAUAUAACAUAAACAUAUACAGGACAUACACUGUGUUUACGCAAAUUCAACAGAUGGACUCUAGAAUAGCUACUCAUGACGCCAAUGAAGAAUUCAGAGUUUCCAACUUUACAAACGAUUCUCGUCUACUCACAGCAUUGUGACGUACGGAAUUAAGGUUUAUCUGCUGAAGGAUCUAGAAAACAUAGAUCUACUUUGAGGUUCGGGAAGGAUAGCAUGCUGACUAGUGUUUAUACGAACGUGAUAGUAUCUAGCAACUGUUGCCGGAACCUCUAAAGUCUUCUAUCGCUCCAGAACAAGGUCAAGUAUAUUAAGUGAGUGUAAUUAGAGGGAAUGUCUGUUACAUUUGUAACGCUUGUAAACAAAGACGGUCACAGACAGAAACCAUGGACUUUGGUAUUGUUAACAAUGAAACUUUGUGGACACUCAUUGAUUCCGAGGACGUAGAUAUCAAUACGCGAUAGAUAUAUAUACAUCAGUGUUGAAAAAAAUACAUAAAUGUGAUUUCCGUGAUGGUUACCCGAUUGUCUACCUGUGGUACUCUGUGCCUUGUUUUCGAGUUGGUAUCGUUAGUUUGUGCGGGACUACCACUGAGAAGUCUGCCGAAAGUGGCCAAGUUUAUACGUCAGGAUAUAUCAGGGGAGUUAAAGUCAUUGAUGAUUAAUUGGGAGUUAGACUUUGUCCGACGGUUAGACGGGAUCGCCACAGGGAAGAUCCCAACACAGCCGCAGGACGCCAUUGGAUCCAGUGUCUGCUAUGCUGACCUUGGCUGUUACAGCACUGGGUCGCCUUUCUUCAGCCAGUAUAGACCAAUCAACUUCCUUCCUGAUCGCCCAGACCAGAUUGACACGCGCUUCCUGUUGUAUACCCGAGGAAACAGGAAUACUGUCCACUACCUCAACCCUAAAGACAGCAACAGUAUCACCAAUUCUCCAUUUUCUGGAAGCAGGCAAACCAAGUUCGUCACGCAUGGCUUCCUCGAGAAUGGACAAGUCAUUUGGUUACAUGAUAUAAAGAACGAGUUCCUGAAGGCCGCAGAUUACAAUGUAAUCAUUGUGGGUUGGGGUGGCGGGUCUGGGCUGCCAUACACCCAGGCUACUUCCAACACCCGAGUGGUCGGAGCCGAGAUUGCCCGGAUGAUCCGCCUGUUACAGCAAUAUGGCGGCGCACAUCCCGCCGACAUGCACAUCAUCGGCCACAGUUUAGGGGCCCACGUGGCUGGCUACGCCGGCGCAGGGACAAGGAAUCUCGGCAGAAUUACCGGGUUAGAUCCCGCUGACCCUUACUUCCAAUAUACUGACCGGGAAGUAAGACUCGACCCCACGGACGCCAUGUUUGUUGACGUCAUCCACACAGACGGGGAAAGCAUUCUUAAGCUGGGUUUUGGAAUGAAAGAACCCUGCGGUCACGUAGAUUACUUCCCGAAUAGUGGAGAGGACCAGCCUGGCUGUAGCAAGGACGUUAUAGAGAAUGUCAAAUUCGAGGGCUUGUACAACGGUGGUAAAGAGUUUAUAGCGUGCAACCAUCUACGGUCCUUUAAGUAUUUCAACGAAUCAAUCAACAGUGCAUGUCCUUGGCAGGGCUACAGGUGUAACAGUUACGACAAUUUCAAGCGAGGGAAGUGUAUGCCUUGUUCCGGUGGUGGGUGCGGUUACAUGGGUCUCCAUGCCGACCGUGUAAAGCCGCCUCAUGGAACUAAUCAUGUGAUGUACUACUUGGAGACCGGAAGUGACGCCCCGUUUUGCAGAUACCAUUAUUCCGUACGAAUGUCGUUCGGCAACCCGUUUGGAGCACAUACUUGGUCCGGCCAUUUAUUCGCAAGUAUACACGGAACUAACGGCCAGCUGCAAAACAGACAGUUGACAACUGAUCCUGUGUCUAUACAUCCGGGUUCAACGUUUGGUUUUGUUGUGACGUCACCGACUGACCUCGGGAGGGUCACGGAUGUCGACGUUAAGUGGGAACAUCACCGAGACCUACUGAACCCGUUGUCAUGGAACCCAUUCAACCUACGCCAUCCGUCCGUGUAUGUGUCCCGGGUACAGGUUAUUCACGGCGAAUCUAAUUCACAGUUCACCUUGUGUGGCGCGACACGGGACACCAGUAUCGAGACUCAGGGGACAAUGAAUUUCGCCAAUACUUGUUAAUUUACCCUAUCGCUUUGUUAAAAUGAAACGUGUUUUCGAUUUGUAAUGAAAACAUUUUAAUCAAACAAUAUAUUUGAAACCUUCAUAAAAUCUCUAAUAAAGACAUUUCAAAACUCGCCAUCUUG